AGAGGGUCUUAGACGUUGAAGGGGAGAGAAAUCUCCUAAAGAGAAGCUAUAAUGCUUUACUGCUUAGCACUCUGUCUGCCCAGAGCCACCAUAAUGAACAUGAGAGUGAAAAAGAGAGUGAUAAACAGGAACUGGAGAACUGGAGAACUGAAAUAUUGAUACUGGAGAAGAAGCUGGAAGAUAAAAAAAGGGAGAGAGAAAAGCUGGAGCAGGAAAAAAAGAGGGUGGUACUAGACUAUGAAAGGAGUCAAAUGGAAAGAGCACAAGAAAGGGCCAUGACCACUGCCCUUAGAGAAAAACGUCACUUCCUGGAGCAAGAAGUGCUACAGUACAGACAGAAUGUGACAUCCCUACAAGAGAGACUAGACAGAGUAUCAAAAGAUUUUCAUAUGGAUGUGGAAGAUCUUCAUGAAGUUCUGAUGCAAAUUAAGGUUUUUCGACUGCAGCAUGAAAAUUGUAAGGGCCUGACUGUCCUGGUGAGUAAUGAGAAGGUCAAGGACCCAUCCCAAGAGCUGGCUGCUCUACAGGCCUCACAUGCAGAAACCAUACUAGAACUGCAGAAAACUCGGGAAUUGUUGGUAAUGCAACAUAAGCUCAAUAGUGACCUGCAGGUAACUAAACACACACACACACACACACACAUUAUAGAGAAUAGAUUGGUAUACUGCAUUUAUGGCAUGGAAAUUCCAAUAAUAACUGUAAUAAAGAUGAUAGUUCCACUUUACCAGGCUGACAUGAAGACAGAGAAGAAGAGAUCAGAAAGGGAACGAGAAUGGAAAAUGGAGGUCACUGAAAAAGACAAACUGUUGAAAAAUAGGGCAUUUCAAAUCAACAGUUUACAAUCUCAGCUGAGAGAAUUAACUUACCAUCCUAGAAACUACAAUAAGAUUAUACCACAGCAAUACACAUGGACAGGGGUGGAUCAGGAGGUAGUCCAGACGAUGGAGGGGAAUACCAUAUUAAAUCGGCUCCAGGAUGGAGGAUCCUUGCUUGAAAUCAAUCUCAUGGGAGCCACGUUCACCCCUGUGGGACUGAGACUCAUGAGACAGCAGAUAAGUAGUACCAGUGGUCCCCAUGAGUUGGUGACAUUUUGUACUUACACGUUCCUUGACUUUGAAAUGCACUCAACCCCACUAGUUUCAGGGACACAACCAAACUAUGGCUUCACAUCCUACUAUGUCCUCACUGGCCACAGCCCCACCAAGCUUGAGGUUCAAGGAGUGUUUGCACAUGUUGAAGUACAUCAGGCACUAGGAGGAGUGCAAUUCAUAACCCAGGGCAGAGCAAGUAUCCCCCUCAUACAAACGCUACAGCACAGAGGAGAAAAAGUAAAAGGGAAAGUCAACAUUACAGGCGGGGGCGAGGGCAUUGGGGUGCUAAAUGACACCACCAAGGUGACCGCUUAG